GUCUAUUUAAUGUGGUCAUUCCGAAUGGCCAAAGUUUAAUUAUCUUUAGAUACCUGGACUUAUCUUGACAAACACAUGCUUCCCCCCUUGCUGAUAAAUGGGGUACAUACAUAACACAGCAACUAAGGAGGUGAUCUCGUAGAAGAACUAGAAUUGAUGAAUUCAUGAAUAUGGGACUUCGUUUAAUUAACAGAUGCAGAAUAAGAUACAGAAGAUACUUGACGAUUUUCUUUGGAAUUCUCAUCGUAGUCUGGGUACAUGUUACUUUUAAUGAGGAAGUAGAGUUCAUUUAUAAUAACGAGAAUAUCGACAAGAAAUGUGAAUUACCGAACUUAUCCGCGCAUGACAAAUCCAUCACAAAAUUUUUAUAUCAUCUUAGACCGGUUCAGUGUGAACAAACGUCGGAUCUUUCUUUUGUAGAUUCUGAUGGUUUUCUAAGAUUAAACAAAAGUGCUAUUUCAGAAUCUGGAUAUGGUGUUUUAUCAUGCACCUAUUCUAUAAUAAAGCGUUUAUUGGACUUUGAUGUUGAAAGCGAACCGGAAGUGACGUUUACAAAUUUUGUGUAUGUUAAAGCUGAUUUUUUCAUUGUGAAGUGUAAAAAUGAAAGGAAGUCUUCAGUGUAUAGAAAAUUACACCACAACAUUGAUUAUAAGUCGCGAAUGCAGCAGUUCAAUUUCCUUAAUGCAUCUGAAGAACAAUUGAACGUGUAUAUAUUUGGCUUGGAUUCUUUGUCAAGAUUAGCUGCAGAAAGAACUAUUCCAAUCACGCUUCGUUAUGUGGAAGAAGAGUUAGGAGGUUACAUAAUGAAAGGCUAUACAAAAGUUGGAGCCAACACAUUUCCAAAUUUGGUUAGUCUACUAACAGGAAAAGUUCCUUUUUCAAAAGAGUUACCUCCAUAUGCGGAAUUUUUAGAUCCGUUUCCGUUUUUAUGGAAAAACUUUAGUGAAGCUGGCUAUACGACGUUCUUUGCUGAAGAUCUACCAGAAAUGGGAACUUUUACAUAUUGGAAAGGUUUCAAAGAGCAACCUUGUCUACAUUAUAUGAGACCAUUUUACGUAUCACUGGACAAAUUUAGCUUGCCAAAUACUAAACGAGCACUGCUUUCAUUAGAAAACAACAAUAUUCAUCUUGGCAAAACAUCGGCUCUGUGUGUGGAAAAUAUUCCAAAGCAUAUGAUGUUAAUGAAUUAUUUUCGGCAAUUUAUCCAAUUUUAUGGAAAUCAACGGAAAUUUGCCUUGAGUUGGAUGAAUGAACUCACGCACCAAUGGGAUAAUCUUGUUCAAUUAGCUGAUAAAGACUUCAUGUUGUUUUUUAAAUGGUUGAAAGAUUCGGGCAGACUUUUCAAUUCUAUACUGUUGUUCAUGAGUGACCAUGGUAUAAUGCAAAAAAGCAUAAAAAAUACCCUCGCGGGGAGAACAGAGAACCGAAUGCCUAUGUUCGCCAUUGUAAUACCACCACAUAUGAAAUCAAAAUAUCCUCAUAUUCACCAAAAUUUGAAAAUAAAUACUCAACGAUUGACAACUGCAUUUGAUGCUCAUCAAACAUUGGUAGAUGUUUUAGAAAGCAACUUUUUACGGAGUAAAUCACAUGUGGAUAAACUCAAAAAGCUUCCACGCGGAAUAAGUUUGUUUCAAGAAAUUCCAGAUAGUCGAUCUUGUAAAGAUGCAGAAAUUCCUGGUGAUUUUUGUGUUUGUAAUUCAUACGAACCAAUCAACAAUAACGAAAAAGUUUCGAAAGACUUAGCUAGUUUCGUAGUUUCUUACAUUAACCAAAAAUUAACAAAACAUGGAGGAAAAUGUGCGAAACUACAUUUAUUAAGGAUAAAAGAUACUUAUUUUGUAAAAACAAAUUUACAAAGACACAAAGAAAGGGAAGAAUUUUCAUUACGAAAUUUAUUUUUCCAACCAGAUCAGGAAGAAAAAACUUACCUGAGUGUUUUUGAGACGGUCCCCGGAAAUGCAUUAUUUGACGCGACAGUCAGCAAAGACUACAAAGGAUCUUUUAAUAUCAUUGGUCGAGUAAAUCGAGUCAACGAAUAUGGUAACCAAUCGUCUUGCAUAAGCGAUAAGUUUUCUAAACCUCUAUGUUACUGCAGCUGAUUAGUUGUAAUGAAAUGAAUGGGUAAUUUUGUGAUUGAUUCUGAUUUCUUCUUGUGUGUAAGUACACAUGUAUGUUUAAGGCAAUUAUUGCAAAAUGCAUAUCAUGAAUAGCUCCAGUCCAUAAUUUUUUUUAUACAUGCCAUUCAAUAAUUCUAUCUCAGGGAGACGUUUGUAUAAAAACGAUGAUUAAAAUGUGUUCUUUUUCAAUUAAAAUGCGAUGUGGUUUUCAGUGAACUUGACGGACGACUGGUUGUUUAAUGUUUAUAUGCGAUGGACUCAUUUAAAGUAAUUUGAAACUUCAAAGUACCUUUAAGUCAGUUCUCCCAGAAAACAUUCUUUUACAAUAAAGUCCUCUUCUGUAACUCUGCUCCUAUCAAUUAAUAAAUUUAACAUACAGUAUACUCUUUAUGUCCUUGAAUCAUCUUGAAACAUCGUAAAUGAAAUGAAACAGAAAUGUUUAUUAACAGUUCAAAAUAAAUGAUUUAGCUAGAGCAAUGACCAGGACUUUGCAGAAUGAUUUUGAUUCAGGGUUAUGAUACUUGUAUAUUUUCAGUUUUCGUCUACUCAACUUUUAAUUUAUUUAAAAGGAUCUGAACCUAUAAUUUGGAUACAUUUUCAAAAUAUAGAAUUUGAAGUGAAAUAAACACUUAAGAUAGUACCUUACUUGUUUAGUUACGACAAAUCUUCGCUUUAUCUGGCAAGCAUAUCUUGUUUCUCCAUCAGGAACAGCAUACUUAGAUUUUAAUCAUCAGGCAGACGUAUCGAGGGGAGGGGCACCCCCUUCGCUACUUAUUUUCCGAACGUAACCAUUUACUGUUGAAAAUGCUCGUUGAAAAUAAUGUCCUAGUUUUUUGUUGCAAUAUACCCUGGUAGCCAAAUUUUCAAAUCGUCCCAUGGUUAUGUAUGUAUGAAACUCCCCUCCCUUUUUCAUUUGUUUGUCAAAGAUUUUAAGGUAGGUUGGCACCCCCCACCCCACCUCCCU